AUGCGUUAUGCACCAAGAAUCAGCAUUUCGACAAUAAGAAAUGCAUGGCAAGAGCUGGUAAUUCUUGCCACAAAUGAGGAGAUAGACGAAGGUAGUUUGUUAUGCAUGCCUGUCGGAAUCAGGAAUUAUAGUGGUUACACAAAAGCAAGCUUAUUCAGCACAACUCCUAAGCUUGUUUUUGAAUAUAUUGUGUAG